CUGGCAAUGCUGAUAUUUCGGGCUUGUCGAAAAACAUACCAGGUUUGACCGAGGCCGAAAGAGCGCACCUGAAAGACGUCAUGAAGAGAGCAAAGACUUGCCACGGAUACAUGCCCCUUGAUUCAUACAUGCAGUUGGAGAUUGAUCAAGAAGAAGACAAUUUUUUAAGAACACCAUUACAGGGCCAAUUAAAUAAAUAUACAAAUGUUAUGAAAGGCUGGCAACAUAGGUGGUUUGUAUUGGAUCCUGAGUCUGGGGUAUUGGAGUAUUACGUGAAUCAUGAAGAAAACAAAAAACACAGAGCUAGAGGUUCUGUUCAUUUGGGGGGUGCUGUCAUAUCUCCCAGUGAUGAGGACUCGCAGACAUUCUCUGUGAAUGCAGCUAAUGGUGAAAUAUAUCGACUGAGGGCUUCCGAUGCAAAGGAGAGACAACACUGGGUGAACAAAUUGAGAGCAGUUACCCAGUACCAUACAGAACGCAUGGCACAGACUACAUCCAGAUUGCAACCAACUCGCCCCGCUAGUUCCUACAAUGAUGUUGGGCCAUUAGUCACCGCACCCGUAGACACGAGAAGACACAGUUCUGGAAGCUUGGGAAGCAAGCCAUCACCAGCUGGAACUCCGGUACAAAGAAGGCGAUCAAAACACAAAUCUUCGCAUUCAUUACAGAGGGACGAUCCGUUCAAGAAUGUUAAAGAGGCGUUGAAUAAUAUGGAUGAAUUACAAAGAGGAUUAGCUGAGAAUAUUGAAGGCAAUGAGCUUAGAAGGAACAAUGGUGGUCACUAUAUACAGGGCUUAGAGGAAACACUGGUGUUCACUGUAUACAGGGCAAUGAGCUUAGAGGGAACACUGGUGGUCACUGUAUACAGGGCAAUGAGCUUAGAGGGAACACUGGUGGUCACUGUAUACAGGUUUGACUGGGCUUCCACAUUCAGGACAUCAUAUCAAUGCGCUGGAUCAUACAACCUCCUAGGUAGUGUUCCAUUAGAUGUCUUCGGCAGUGUCCCAGACGCCGUCCUAGGCGUUGUCCUAGGCAUCGUCACAGCCGAUGUCUUAGGUCGUGUUCCAAUCGACAUCCUAUGCAGUGUCCCAGCCGAUGUCUUAAGCGGCCUCCCAAGCAACGAUCUAGGCGGUGUCCUAGUCGAUGUCUUAGGCGGUGUUCAAAGCGACGUGCUAUGCAGUGUCCCAGCCGGUGUCUUAGGCAGUGUUCAAAGCGACGUGCUAUGCAGUGUCCCAGCUGAUGUCUUAGGUGGUGUCCAAAUCGACGUGCUAAGCAGUGUCCCAGUUGAUGUCUUAGGCGGUGUCCAAAGCGACGUGCUAUGCAGUGUCCCAGCCGAUGUCUCAGGCGGUCUCCCAAGCAACGAUCUAGGCGGUGUCCUAGCCGAUGUUUUAGGCGGUGUUCAAAGCGACGUGCUAUGCAGUGUCCCAGCCGAUGUCUUAAGCCGUCUCCCAAGCAACGAUCUAGGCGGUGUCCUAGCCGAUGUCUUAGGUGGUGUUAAAAGCGACGUGCUAUGCAGUGUCCCAGCCGAUGUCUUAGGCGAUGUCCAAAGCGACGUGCUAUGCAGUGUUCUAGCCGAUGUCUUAGGUGGUGUCCCAAGCAACGAUCUAGGCGGUGUCCUAGCCGAUGUUUUAGGCGGUGUCCAAAGUGACGUGCUAUGCAGUGUCCCAGCCGAUGUCUUAAGCCGUCUCCCAAGCAACGAUCUAGGCGGUGUCCUAGCCGAUGUCUUAGGCGAUGUUCAAAAUGACAUGCUAUGCAGUGUCCUAGCCGAUGUCUUUAAUAGGCGGUGUCCAAAGCAAUGUGCUAUGCAGUGUCCCAGCCGAUGUCUUAGCAACGAUCUAGGCGGUGUUCUAGCCGAUGUCUUAGGCCAUGUCCAAAGCGACGUGCUAUGCAGUGUCCUAGCCGAUGUCUUAGGCGGUCUCCCAAGCAACGAUCUAGGCGGUGUCCUAGCCGAUGUCUUAGGCGAUGUUCAAAGCGAAGUGCUAUGCAGUGUCCCAGCCGAUGUCUUAGGCCGUCUCCCAAGCAACGAUCUAGGCGGUGUCCUAGCCGUUGUCUUAGGCCGUGUUCUAAGCGACGUGCUAUGCAGUGUCCCAGCCGAUGGGCUUGCCAAGAUGGCCGCCGCCUUGGCGAGUGCACGUGUCAAUCCCUUUGUUGGGUUGACACGUAAGCAUGGUGUCAAGUGUGUGUCACUUGACGGAGUUAAAAUUGAGACCUAUGUUGAAAGUUUUUCUGGAUUGGUUGGCCCUGAAAAUGUAGUGGCUGCCUCUUGUGCAAAUGGUAGCGUUGUGUUUUUUAACUCGCAUGACUGUGCGGAGUCUGUUUGUGAUUGUUUGUUGUUGAAAGCGACCUCUCAGGCGGCGACUUCCACACUAGAGCAGUGCUUGUCGAUAUUACAGCAGCAACAUCUCGUACAGACGCAGUCCGCUGGUAUACCUGCUAGUGCGUCCAUGCAAUGGAUGGCGGAACCAGCAUACAGUAGUAGGCCAAGACAGCAAGCAAGAAAAUCCAAACCUGAAUCAACUUACUCGGGUGAUUUUAAUUCCGACGAUAUCAUGCCAAAUCAAACUGAAGUUGAGAUAGACCACGAUAGGGAAGUGAUGGACAGUGACAAAGAUGAUGAUCAAGAGUUGGGUGGUGUGGAAGAGCAUAAAAGUAUCAUCUUACAUUUGUUGUCACAACUCAAACUAGGCAUGGACUUAACCAAGGUGGUUCUUCCUACGUUUAUCUUAGAAAGAAGGUCCUUAUUAGAAAUGUUUGCAGAUUUUAUGAGUCAUCCAGAUAUGUUCCUUAGGAUUCCUUCGUGUCCAACAGCAGAAACAAGAAUGUUAGCUGUAUUGGAAUAUUAUCUUUGUUCAUUCCAUGUUGGUAGAAAGGGUUCUAUCGCCAAGAAACCAUACAAUCCUAUCAUUGGAGAAACUUUCCACUGUUCGUGGGAUGUAGUUCAGGGCUAUAACUGUCUACCAGAGAGCAAUAAUAAACACACUAGCCAUUCAGUGAAUGGGACUAUCAAUGGCAGUGCCAAAAACAACCAGUCAGAGAACAGUCUACCUGUUGACAGAGUGACAUACGUAGCAGAACAAGUAUCCCAUCAUCCACCAGUUUCAGCUUUUUAUGCAGAGUGUGCUAGUAAAAAUAUAUGUAUGAACACCUGGGUGUGGACCAAGUCUAAGUUUCUGGGCAUGUCAGUUGGUGUGGUCAAUGUAGGAGAAGGUAUAAUAUACGACUUGGAACAUGAUGAAGAAUACUCAUACACAUUACCAAGUGCUUAUGGAAGGAAUAUAUUAACAGUACCAUGGAUGGAACUUGGUGGUAAAGUCAAUAUUGCGUGUGCCAAAACUGGUUAUACUGCAUCCGUUACAUUUCAUACUAAGCCGUUCUAUGGUGGUAAGGUGCAUAGGAUAAGUGGAGAAGUGAAACAUACUCAAACAAACAGAGUCAUAUGUAAAUUUUCUGGGGAGUGGAAUGGAAUCAUUGAAUUUAUUUACACCAAUCUUGAAGAGAAACAAAGACAAGAAGGAAAACACCGAGUUGAGACAAAGACUCCUUGGAAAACAAAACUAUUCCACAAAAAAGACGAAGGAUGGCAAUAUAAGCAUGUACUGAAAAAAACUCCUCAGCCAAGCUCUUGA